UAAGCAGCUGCAGCUGAGAGAGAGAGAGAGAGAGAGAGGGCUCUGCUGUUUCUGUUGAAACGGAGACAUAGGAGUGAACAGCACUGAUCAACAAACACACCUCUGCCAAACACUGAGACAGUACAGUAUGUCUGCUGCCAGCAGUUUGCUGUCUGAGGAUCAGUUUCUGUGCUCCAUCUGUCUGGAUGUGUUCACUGAUCCAGUCAGCACACCAUGUGGACACAACUUCUGCAAAAAAUGCAUCACUACGAACUGGGAUCUUAAUUUCCCGUGUCAGUGUCCCAACUGUAAAAAGACUUUUAACACAAGACCUGAGCUGCAGGUCAAUACUUUCAUCUCUGAGAUGGUUGCUCACUUUAGAAAGUCGGCUGAACAGAAAACUGGCAGCAGCUCAGAGAAACAAGCUGUCCAAGCAGGAGAAGUUCCCUGUGACGUCUGCACUGGAACCAAACUGAAGGCCCUGAAGUCCUGCCUGGUGUGUCUGGUCUCCUACUGUGAGACUCACCUGGAGCCUCAUGUGACAAUGCCAGGCCUGAAAAGACAUCAGCUGAUCGACCCUGUGACUAAUCUAGAAAGCCGGAUGUGUACCAAGCACGAUAAACUGCUGGAGCUGUUCUGCAAGGAUGAUCAGACAUGUGUUUGCAUGCUCUGUACCAUUUCAGAGCACAAGGUGCAUGAAGUUGUUCCUCUAGAAGAAGAAUAUGAGGGAAAGAAGGCCGAGCUGGGGAAGAAAGGGGCUGAACUUCUGCAGAUGAUCCAAGAGAGACAACUGAAAAUUGAAGAGCUCAAACGUUCUGUCGAGGUGAGCUGGGAAAACGCAUACGGAGAGAUAAAAGCCGGUGUUUGUGCCUUCACCAAGUUGAAAUACAUUAUUCAGAGAAACCAGACCAAAGUCAUUGAGAUGAUUGAGGAAAAGCACAAAACAACAGAGAAACAGGCUGAUGGCUUCAUCAAAGAGCUGCAAGAGGAAAUCUCUGAGCUGAAGAAGAAAAGCGCUGAGCUGGAGCAGGUCUCACACUCUGAAGAUCACUGUAACCUUCUCCAAAACUUCCCGUCCCUGAAUGCUGCUCCACCCACCAAGGACUGGAAAGAGGUCAGAGUCCACCUUCCAUCGUAUGACGGGAGUGUGAGGACAACUGUCGCUCAGCUGGUGGAGAUGGUCGAAAAUGAGAUGAAGAAGCUGUUCCCAAAGGCUGAUCUGAAGACCGCCCAGCAGUCUGCGGUGGAAGUGACCCUCGAUCCUGAUACAGCAAAUCCUGAACUCAUCCUGUCUGAAGACGGGAAGCAAGUACAUCACGGUAACACAAAGAGGAACCUCCCAAAUAACCCAGAGAGAUUUUCUUACUGUGCCUGCGUCUUAGGGAAGCCGAUAGAUUAUUCAGGAAGAUUCUACUUCGAGGUUCAGGUUAAAGGAAAGACUCAGUGGGUUGUAGGAGUUGCCAAAGAGUCAGUCAACAGAAAGGGGCGCAUCAGUAUUAAUCACAAGAACGGUUAUUGGACUGUAUGUUUGAGUAAAGAAACUGUGUACUGCGCUUCCACUGACCCUCCUGUCCGUCUCCCUCUGAAGGCAAAGCUGGAGAAGGUGGGGGUUUUUGUGGAUUACGAGCAGGGUCUGGUCUUCUUUUAUGACGUUAAUGCUGCAGAUCUUAUCUACGCCUUCACUGGAUGCUCUUUCACUGAAAAACUCCUCCCGUUAUUCUGCCCCUCUUUCAAUCAGGGGGGUAAAAACUCUGCCCCUCUGAUCAUCUGUCCUGUCAAUCCCACAAAAUAGAACAACUUUUUUUUUUUGGCCUUUAUGCCUUUUUUAAUGACAGGACAGCUGAAGAUAGACAGGAAGCAGAGAGAGGGGGAAUGACACGCAGUAAAGGGCCGUCCGAUGCGGGAUUCGAACCGGGGCCAUCUGCAGCAAGGACUGUAGCCUCUACACACGGGGCGGCCGCACAACCCAGUACGCUACCGACCGCCCCAUAGAAUAACUUUUUGAUUUUCAAGACAAAGACUUACUGUCUGACACACUGUGCAUUUGUUUCCUUUAUGUUCUAAUUUAUUUAUUCAUUCAUUAAACAUCAAAUGAAUUGAUCUUGUAUAAUGUAAGUUACUGUAAUUUAAUCUAUUCUAAUAAGAAAUGUCAAAACAUCAGUCCAAUAUCCGUAGGUCUGACAUGAGUUUCAUUACUACAUAAAUGUUUACUUGCUGUUCGAGUCACAUGUACACAUGUGAUUUGCUUCUAGAUAUCAGUUCUCUCAUUACUUGUACAAUUAUUAACUAUUUAUGAUUAUUGCACCUGUUUGUGGUUGUUGAAAUGAAUGAGGAAGACUAUCAUUGGUACUGUGCUCAACCAAAAUAAACACUAAUUUUUUU